CUCCCAAGAUGAAGCUGCUGCUGCUGUGUCUGGGGCUGGCUCUGGUCUGUGCCCAUCAUGAAGGAAACCAUGAUGUUGUGACAAGCAACUUCGAUAUGUCAAAGAUUUCAGGGGAGUGGUAUUCCAUUCUCUUGGCCUCAGACAUGAAGGAAAUGAUAGAAGAAAAUGGUAGCAUGAGAGUUUUUGUGGAAUCCAUCCAAGUCUUGGACAACUCUUCCUUGUCAUUUAAAUUUCAUAUGAAGGUCAAUGGAGAGUGCACUGAAAUUUCUUUCAUUUGUGACAAAACAGAAGAAAAGGGUGUAUAUAGUGUUGAAUAUGAUGGAUACAAUACACUUCACAUAAUUGAAGCUGUCUAUAGUGACUAUCUUAUUUUUUAUCUCAGAAAUGUUAAGGAUGAGGAAGAAGCCCAAGUGAUGGAGCUCUAUGCCCGAAAACCAGAUGUGAGCCCAAAACUCAAGGAAAGGUUUAGAAAACUUUGCAAAAAAAAUGGAAUUACUAAGGAAAACAUACUGGACUUGACCAAAGUCGAUCGCUGUCUCCAGGCCCGAGGGAGCCAUGAUGCCCAGGCCUCCAGGUUGGUGAUGUCAGAUGGAGAAGGGUUAGCCCAGGGACCAUUGCCUCCCAACACCAUUAGGGGUUUGUGA